AUACAACCAACUUCUUAAGGUGCUCAGUCCUUUACCCAACAGCAGUUUAGAAAACAAAACAAAAAGUUAAUAGUUUAUUAUAGCGAUUUUGCUAAGUUUUUUUAAACAAUUUUAAAGGAUAAAACAGCGAAGAUGAAGCCGAUUUCGAUGGGGGAACACUGUUCGACACAACACCAGGGGCCAAUGUGGCCGCUAGGCGUCGCUGUUAGAGGCGACUUGAUAAAAAUCAUCUUCUGGCACGUCUCGUCACGUCAUUCAGAACUAGUUUUGCAUACAUUUUGUAAUAUUUUAAAUAUACGUUACAUUUCUACAUCAUUAAGAAAAUGUAAUUAGAUAUAAUGUGUGUGAAAACAAACACUUAACAGCUUCGUCACAACUUUAUUCCAGUUUUGUUUUUAAGAAACAAAAUAAUCUUUUGAUCACAAUGUUGGUGACUACCGUCGGCUGCUUCUUAUACUUCGCGUUUGGAAGCAACUUAUUAAAGGAAAGGUUACACUUAGCAAACCCUACGGCUACAUUCGUCUCUACAGGUCGCCUGAAGGAUUAUAAGCUGAACUUUGGUCUUUGGGGUGAAAAUGUUACAACUCGAUGGCAUGGUGGAGUGGGCACCAUUGAGCACAGCCCAGGUGCAGAGGUGUGGGGGGUGAUCUGGUCUCUGAACAAUGAAGAUCUUGCAAACUUAGACAGCCAGGAAGGUGUGAAAGAUGGAUUCUACACUCCUUUGACUGUGUCGGUGGAGACAGACAAAGGCCCGGUGGUCUGCAGGACGUAUCAGAUGAAUAAUUUCUAUGCUACUGUUGCAUCUCCUCAGUACAAAGAGGUGGUGUGUCUGGGUGCAGUGCAGAACAAUCUCCCAGACGAAUACGUGACCAGGCUGAAGGCCGUUCAGACCAACAACUACACCGGCCCAUCGCUCCGUGAUCAAAUCAUGGUGCCGAGCAGCGAAAACUGUACGUCCUUAACAUCAGAGAUUAACUGACUGUUCCGAAAACACGAAGAGCUGCAUGUUAAUUAAAAAUAAACGUUAUUACCUAAUCGAAAAGUAGGAGUUAGUAGAAAAACUUUGGAGUGUUUAGCUUCUGCUUUAGGCUCCUAAUCGAUAAGUAUUAUUUUAAAGUAGACACUGAUUAGCUGAAAGGUAACCAUGAUUACAAGCCUGGCUCUGUGAAACGGAAGGUACCAUUAGGUACUGGUUUGGUCUUACUACCAAACUAUGGGGUGACUGUGGCACAGGAGUUAAGUGCUCGCCCCGUAAUCGGAAGGUUGCAGGUUCGAGCCCCUGCUCAGUCUGUCGCUGUCGUUGUGUCCUCGGGCAAGACACUUAACCCACCUUGCCUGCUGGUGGUGGUCGGAGGGACCGGUGGCGCCAGUGCUCGGCAGCCUCGCCUCUGUCAGUGCGCCCCAGGGCAGCUGUGGCUACAUCGUAGCUCAUCACCAUCUGUGUGUGAAUGGGUGAAUGACUUGUGUUGUAAAGCGCCUUGGAGGGUUCCAGGAUUCUAGAAGGCUCUAUAUCAAAUACAGGCCAUUUUACUACGAAAUUUACAUUAGUCGCAUUUAAGCUUAUAUAUUUUUAAAUAGCUAUGAAGUCUUAUUGUGCAUGCAAUCAAUGAUUAAAUGUUUGGCUGAACUAAAAGCUGCUUAAAUGUUAAAAACUUGUGACGUGAGAAUUUAUUCAGCUUGUUUAUUGCGUUUAUGCAUUUCCUGUUACCCAUUAAAAGCCCUGUUUACUAACGUAAA